AUGGAUAAAAUCCCAGAGCACCGUUCCCAGAACUUCAAGGCCAAGAACGCAUUCAAGCCCGAGGAGCUUCGCCGCAACCGCAACGAGCUCAAUGUCGAGCUCCGCAAGCAGAAGCGUGAGGAGAACCUGUCCAAGCGUCGUAACCUCGCCAUCGCCGCAGAAUCUGAGGAGUCUGAGGACGAGGGUGUUGCUGCUGCCAACCACCAGUUCCACGAGCAGCUGCCCGCCAUGAUCCAAGGAGUAAUGUCCGACAACGUUGAUGAUCAACUUGGAGCUACCACCCGCUUCCGUAAGCUGUUGUCAAAGGAGCGCAACCCCCCUAUUGAUGAGGUUAUCCGUUGCGGAGUUGUCCCCAAGUUCGUCGAGUUCUUGCGCUCUCCUCACGCUGUUGUUCAGUUUGAGGCCGCCUGGGCAUUGACCAACAUCGCUUCCGGCACCUCUGCCCAGACCCAAUUUGUCAUCGAGGCCGGCGCAGUUCCCCUCUUUGUUGAGUUGUUGAGCAGCCCCGUCGCUGAUGUCAAGGAGCAGGCUGUUUGGGCUCUUGGAAACAUUGCAGGAGACAGCCCCCGUUGCCGUGAUAUUGUUCUUCGCGAGAACGCUUUGAUGCCUCUUCUUUCGCUCCUCCACGAAAACAAUAAGUUGUCGAUGCUCAGAAACGCCACCUGGACUCUUUCCAACUUCUGCCGUGGCAAGAACCCUCCCCCAGAGUGGGGCUUGAUUGCUCCCGCUUUGAGCGUUCUCGCUAAGUUGAUUCACUCCAGUGACGACGAGGUCUUGAUUGACGCCUGCUGGGCUAUGUCCUACCUUUCUGACGGUUCGAACGAGAAGAUCCAGGCUGUUAUCGAGUCUGGUGUCUGCCGCCGUCUUGUUGAGUUGUUGAUGCACCACAUGGCCUCCGUUCAGACCCCUGCGCUUCGCUCGGUCGGAAACAUUGUCACUGGAGACGAUAUCCAGACUCAGGUUAUUGUCAACUGCGGAGCUCUCCAGGCCUUGUUGGCCCUUCUCUCCAGCCCCAAGGACAACAUUCGCAAGGAGGCUUGCUGGACCAUCUCCAACAUCACCGCAGGAACCUGUGUUCAGAUCCAGAGCGUCAUUGACGCCAACAUUAUCCCUCCUCUGAUCAACAUCCUCCAGAACGCCGACUUCAAGACUAAGAAGGAAGCCUGCUGGGCCAUCUCCAACGCCACUUCUGGAGGAUUGAACAAGCCCGAUCAGAUUAAGUACCUUGUUUCUCAGGGAUGCAUCAAGCCCCUUUGCGAUAUCCUGAUCUGCAUGGAUAACAAGAUUAUCCAGGUUGCUUUGGAUGGUUUGGAGAACAUCUUGAAGGUCGGUGAACUCGAGAAGGAGCAGACCAAUGGCGUCAACCAGUUCGGAAUCUUUAUCGAGGACUGCGGCGGUAUGGAGAAGAUCCACAACUUGCAGGCUCACGACAACACCGACAUCUACAGAAAAGCAUACGCCAUCAUUGACAAGUACUUUGCCGAGGAGGACGAUGAAGAUACUGGACUGGCCCCUCAAGUCGAUGCCCAGACUGGAGCUUUCGCUUUCCAGGCUGGUGGUGCUCCCCAGGGAGGAUUCCAUUUUGAUCCCAACGCAAUGCAGUAA